AUGAGCGCAAUCACCUCUCAAGUCCUCAGGUGGCUCCUCCUUCCUUCUUCAGCACCAACACUGUUGCCUGUCAAGCCCAGGACCCGAUCCCUCCUCGGUCAUACCAGAUUCACACAUUCUACUUCUUCAAAACACGCCGUCACACCACAGAAGCCAAAGAAUGGAUCAACAAAAACCGCGUCUGCUUGGGACAUUCCAGUCACUCCUCCCCGUUCAACCGCGUCUCGAGAUGUGCAUCGACUAGGACACGCUCGUUCACUCAGAGCCGCUACUACGAACCUUGCCACUCCUUCAACAACGACUUCAGGCGGACCACAGUCAAAAGACACCACAAACAGCUUUAUACCCGAGGUGUCGCUACAGGAUCCCAACACCGAUUACUGGAAGGUCUACCAGGCGCAACGGGACCAGAAGCACAAACCCACAAUGACAGAACUCCUCCGACUCCAUGACUGGCUCAGCACCCGCCCUCUCAUGACCAACGAUGUCGCGUCCAGAUCGACCCUACUCAUCAAGGAGAUGCACAAGCGGCGGCUCCGAUUCAACAUCAACCUUUACAACAACCUGAUCCACCAUCAUAUUAAGCGGAACAAAUUUGAUGACGCCCAAAAGGUUCUGGAUCAGAUGGCCGAGCAUCGGGAGGUCCUGAAGGCGGACAGGUCUAUGCGGCAGAGGACCCUGGCACUUUUGAUGGCGAUGUAUCUUAAGAGUGGGAAUGAGACUCGGCUUCAGGCAUUGGUGGAUCGGGAACCGUCGUCGUCAUCAUCAUCAUCCGAGAAUGCAGGAGAGGCGCUUUCGCAGACCAUGGCCGACUUUUUGAGGUGGUCCAAGGGUCUCCAAUUGACAAACGACUCGAUCGAGCGUGCCAAGACCAUCUUUCGCGGGAUUCAGGAACGAACAUGCUCACCCAAUACCUCGCGGUUCACACAUCUACUCCAACGGCAGUUCGAGGACAAUCGACCUCAGGAUGCCCACCGGUUAAUGAACCACAUCCUCGACAUUGGCUUCCACCCAAAUGCCUACACGGCCUCCAGCAUCAUGUCAGGACUCCUCAACGCACGACUCUACAACGAGGCAAUCCAUAUCUGGGACAGGAUCAGGGAAGACCCCAAAGCACGUUCGGACCAAGUCCUACUCAACUCGCUCCUCUCGGCACUCUGUCAAGACCCCACCCAGUUCCCGACUGCCCGUGAACUCUGGAGCCAGAUUCUUGCCAAUCCCGAGAUCAAGCCAGAUGUCAUCACAUUCUCCAACAUGCUCAAUGGUUACUUCCGGGCCAAGGAUCCUUCUUCGGCGAUGAUGCUUUGGGACCAGAUGCGGGAGAGACCUUACUCGAUUAAGCCCAAUGUGAUCAUGUACAACGCCGUCAUGACGGGGCUCUUUCACAAUCACCAGCCUAAGGAAGCCAUGGCGAUCUUUGACCAGAUGGUGGACCAGAAGGAUCUGGUCCUCCCGCUCGAUACCUUCCAAAUCAUGAUCAAGGGUCUCCUUUCUGUCCGGGAUUCUGACAACUUGAGCAAGGUUCUCAUCAAGAUGGAUCAGGCUGGAGUCGAGAAGGAUGCGGCGACGUACACGAUCAUCACCGACACUUUGUUCUCGCAAAGAGACGCCGAGGCUGCCAAGCAGGUAGCCGAUCUGAUGACGGAACGGAAGGUCGCCAAAAACGCGGUGACUUACUCGGCCAUCAUUGCGGGACUAGUCAACGUUGGCGAUUUUGAGCGGGCGCAGCAGUUGUUCAAAGAGAUGCAGGAGGCCGGACACAAGCCGACCAUCCAUACCUUUGGAGCCAUGAUGCAGGGAGCUUUCAAAGCUGGGGAUGUCGAGCUUGCAGAGUCGAUGGCUCAGUUGGCCAACAAGAACACUAAAGAGGGCAUGUCUGCCGGUGCCUACUCGAUCAUGAUCUCGGGCUACUCGAGUCUACUGAUGAUGGACAAGGCCGACCACUGGUUCCAAGAAUUCCGACGCGCCGUCGUAUCCUCUUCCUCCUCCUCUUCUUCCUUGCCAUCCUCUUCGUCGUCUUCACCACUCUCUGCGUCUGUCUCUGCGGAUGGUCCCAAGAUUACAUGGAGGAUCUUUUAUGUCCAGCUGAAGGCCUGUGUCGAGCACCGGUUAUGGGCCCCUGCAGAUCGGGUGCUUCGGGCGAUGGAGGACCUUGGGUUCGAGUCGGAUGUCCCGAGACUGACCAGGCUGAUCCGUCGCGUCGAGGAUAUCCGUGCUGCCCAUCCUGACCAGUUUCCAACAAGACCGCCACCCGUUACUGCCACUUCACAGGCGGUGACAACUACAUCCACAUCAAUCGCGGAAUAG